CCCUACACACGUGCAACACGUGUCGGCCGAGCAACGCCUCACUCGUAGCGAGUUCGUAACGAAUUCUCUCUCAUUCAUUGUUUAUUUUUUAUUUUUGUAAUGUUUUGGUGUGUGUCAAUGUGUGUGUUAUUCACUCGCUUAUACACCGCACGCCUGGUCCGUGCCAAAACCUCCCAAUCGCACGCAAAUCCUACUCACACGCGUGAAAACCCUAAAGUCCGUUUACCCUUCGCAUGCUCGCACGCUUCUUCGCCACCAUCCUCUGCCCGGACCCGACCCGUUCUCCCCCGCCGAUUUCGGACCUCCUCGGUUUCUUCUUCUUCUCCGGAGCCCCGCUCUCUCCCGAUCCUACACGCCGGAACUCCGCCGGCCGUCUGCCGGAAAACCGCCCUUUGAUCCUUCGGAGGUAUUUGGAUUUGUCAGGGGUGCGGCGAAGAGAGAAUCGAUCUGUUAAGAAGUUAAUCGGAACUAGUGAAGAAGAUGAUGAAGAAGAAAUGGAGAUGGAUGUGAAAGAAGAGGAUGAUGAUGAUGAUGAGGAAGAUGGAGAGAAGCAUGUUGCAGCUACACAGGUGAUGGUGGGAAUUGAUGGUGGGAUGCCAACAAGUAGUAGUAGUAACAACAAUAGGUUUCAACAGCACCAGCAAAUUCAAGAGCAAGUGGGGACCCCAGGAGGGGGAGGAGGGAGAAGGUGUAGACCACUAGAAGAGAAGGAGAGAACAAAGUUAAGGGAGCGGCAUCGAAGAGCUAUUACUGCACGAAUCUUGGCAGGUCUUCGGAGGCAUGGAAAUUAUAAUCUUAGAGUCAGAGCUGAUAUCAAUGAUGUCAUUUCAGCUCUGGCUAGGGAAGCUGGUUGGGUUGUUCUACCAGAUGGAACCACUUUUCCUUCAAGAUCACAGGGUCCAAGACCUGCUGCCGUCAAUUCAACUGCGGUUACUUCAUCAUCUUCACAUAUGGUGCCACAGCAAACUCCAACUGCUUCCAUAAGAGGGGUUAAUUCUGGCUAUCGGAACUCUGUCGAGUAUAAUGCAUGUCACAUCAAGGGUGUUUAUGUUCCCAAUGCAUCACCCUAUGAUCUUUCUACAAGCACUCGAUCACAAAGUUCAUCCAUGGUGAGAGAUGGAGGGGAACAAACAGAGAUUCAUCCUCUUAUUAGUGGUUCUAUGGAUACUGUUGAUGACAAGCAGAUGGUUGAAAUACCCCAGAAGUCGCCAGAGCGUGAUUUUUCCGGCACCCCUUAUAUUCCAGUUUAUGUGAUGCUACCACUUGGUGUUGUUAAUAUGAAGUGUGAGCUGGUUGACCCAGAUGGUCUACUAAAGCAGUUAAGGGUAUUGAAAUCAGUUAAUGUGGAUGGUGUUGUUGUUGAUUGCUGGUGGGGAAUAGUAGAGGCACAUGCUCCACAGGAGUAUAACUGGAAUGGUUACAAGAGGCUCUUUCAGAUGGUGCGAGAGACUAAGCUUAAAUUGCGAGUUGUUAUGUCAUUUCAUGAAUGUGGAGGCAAUGUUGGUGAUGAUGUCUGUAUUCCACUGCCACAUUGGGUGGCAGAAAUUGGUCGAAGUAAUCCUGACAUAUUUUUCACUGAUAGAGAGGGAAGACGCAAUCCUGAAUGUCUAUCAUGGGGAAUAGACAAAGAACGAGUCUUAAGAGGCCGAACAGCUAUUGAGGUAUACUUUGACUACAUGAGAAGCUUUCGAAUAGAAUUUCAUGAAUUCUUUGAAGAUGGUAUCAUCUCCAUGAUUCAAGUUGGACUAGGUCCAUGUGGAGAGCUACGGUACCCAGCAUGUCCAGUAAAGCAUGGUUGGAGAUAUCCUGGCAUUGGUGAAUUCCAGUGUUAUGAUCAGUAUUUAUUGAAAAGUUUGAGAAAGGCAGCAGAAGCAAGAGGCCACUCCUUAUGGGCUAGAGGACCGGAUAAUGCAGGUUCAUAUAAUUCCCGGCCGCACGAAACGAGUUUCUUUUGUGACGGGGGUGAUUACGAUGGCUAUUAUGGCAGGUUUUUCCUUAAUUGGUACUGUAAGGUUUUAGUUGAUCAUGGUGAGCGGGUACUUUCUCUGGCAAAGUUAGCUUUUGAUGGCACCUGCAUUUCUGCAAAACUAUCAGGUAUUCAUUGGUGGUACAAGACAGCCAGUCAUGCCGCUGAGUUGACAGCUGGGUUCUAUAAUCCAUGCAAUCGUGAUGGUUAUGCCGCAAUUAUGGCAAUGUUAAAGAAGUAUGGAGCUAGUUUGAACUUCACAUGUGCUGAAUUGCACUUGCUAGACCAUGCUGAAGACUUCCAAGAGGCACUUGCGAAUCCUGAGGGGUUAGUCUGGCAAGUGCUGAAUGCUGCAUGGGAUGUCAGCAUACCGGUUGCUAAGGAGAAUUCUCUUCCUUGUCAUGAUCGAGUAGCCUAUAACAAGAUUUUGGCUAAUGCAAAGCCGUCAACUGAUCCAGAUGGAAGACAUCUUUCUUAUUUCACCUACCUUAGGCUUAGUCCACAUCUCAUGGAAAGACACAACUUCAUGGAAUUUGAACGAUUUGUUAGGAGAAUGCACGGGGAAGCGGUUCUCAAUCUCUAAGUAUAGCAUGCAGGAAAUCCUCUGCUGAUAGUUUAUUAUUUAUUCUCUUCCCCACAAAAUUUUCGGGGUAAUUAUCUAUUGCAGUUAGGGUUAUGGUUAUUUUGUUUUGAUAUACUAGUGGUUAGGGCUAGUGAUUAAUAGUCCGAUUAGACUAUUUUUGUAAGUAACAAAAAAAUCAAAGCACGAUUAAUAUGUAAAAGUGGUCGACUUUGUAACAUUAACCUCACAUGUCAGAAAUGCCACAAGUGGAAUCAAUUGCUCAAGCUCAAUGUUACUGUUUCUGUUAAGUAAUGGAAUGAAUAGGAAGCAAAUGCUUCAAAAUAUUGUCUCAA